AGUAAAAUCGUCUGGUACGUGUGUUCAUAUAACGUGUUGCGGAUGCGCUACUUACUUGCGUAUCAUCCAUGACAAUCUUUUCCAAGUUGCAUAUGGUUGAAAGCAUAUUUUGUUAUUGUGAGCAAUGAUAUGUCCAGAUAAGAUAGUGAAUUUAUUUGUAAUUUGACAUUUAGUUAAUAGAAAUGGGUAACCAACUGACACGUGCUGGACAUGCAUCUGCAAAAAAGACUGAUUCCACUGCACAUGCCGGUGAUACGGCUAAUGCAAACAGUCUUUCGAAAAGUUCCUCAGCCACCGAAUUAGAAACUAAUUCGCAUAUGCAAUUCUUUCCAAUUGAAAGUUUAGCUAAGACACUGUCUCAUCUGACUUACGAGGAGGAACGUAUAAGUGGUAUUACGAAAUCUAUAUUUCAACAAUAUCUCUUUCCUAAUUAUCCUGAAUUGGGUGACAAAUUGUUUAACUAUCUGCACCAUGCUGCCAAUGUUCAUACUUCACAUUUAAGUGCUAAUGCUUUUAAGCAACAAGCUGAAAAGUUCCUUUCUGUAAUGAAUGAUCAAACUGUAUUGGAAAAUUAUGUGAAAAUGUAUUCUAACAUGGAUGGAGAUGGAAGCGUCAGUCCUGAUGGAUUAAGAGCUCUAUUAAAUAUCUCUUAUAAAAUUGCUAUGGAUAACAGUGGAACUCCUUCUUGUAUUUUUGCGGAGCAGAUAAUUAAUGCAGUGGUUGUGUCGUGUUUUCAUGGUAAAUAUGCUUUAUCCGUGAGUUAUGUGAGCAACUGGAUUUGGCAGAAUUGUACACAUAUAAUACAUGGUCCUCACAGAUACAUAAUACAUGUGUUGACAACUGCUUACCGAAAUGGUAAAGUUUUGUUGUCCAAAGAACAGCCACAACCUCUUUUGGGCAUACCUACACCAAUAUUAGAACAACCAGACUCCAUUGACUUUCCAAGGGUUUUAUUACCCAUGAGCUAUGUAUGGUUAUUAUCAAGCACAUUACCUCAGUGCUAUCUUCAGUUAGAUGAUUCACCAAAGGAUGUUACUCAUGCUUUAAUAGCUAAAAGAAUGGGAACUGUAUGUCCUAGACAUUGGACAUUGUUAUACAAUAGUUCUGAACAUGGAACAGGAGCUAAUCGAUUUCUUCAUCAUGUGUUAGGAUACCGAGGCCCUACUUUGUUGUUUAUAAGAACAGUUAGUCCAGAUAAAGAUAGUAUAUCCCCUACAUAUUGUAUAUGUUCGGCGAUAGAAUGGCGCGAGAGUCAUCUUUAUUGGGGAGACGAAGAUUCAAUGGGUAUUGAAUUAUUUCCAUCAUACAGAGUUAUAGAGAGGGGCGCCAAAGUAUUAUAUUUGAACACCGGUAUCAGAGGCUAUCCUCAUGGAUUGCGAUUCGGAAGUAACCCACGCUCACCGUACAUUAGUAUAGACGAAGCAUUCCAUUCGGUCAGUAUUGCAGGUGCACCUUAUCCGAUUGCCAGCUUAGAAGUUUGGGGCUGUGGAGACACAAAGUUGAGGGAACGUCAAUUGGAAAUUAAGAAAUGGCAAGUGAAGGAAGCAGAAAAACAGAGAAUCGUGAAGUUGAGUGCCAGUGAUUGGAUAGAUCACCCCGAUCGUUAUUUGCUUGAAUUAGCAGGUAGAGCGUCUUACAACGAAUCGAAUAAGUAGUUGUAAGAAAAUUUUGUACAAUAGCACAAAAUUUAUUCAGGAUUAAUAUACUGUUAUUUGUAUAUAUGUACAUAUUGUGGAACAUACUAUUAGUUUGAAUACGUACUUACAAUUUAUGUGUAAUAUUUAAAGAACUGUGGUCAGUUCAAACUCCUUAUCGUAAAAGUGUACUUAUCCUAUGGAACGAUUAUGAAUAUAGGUUUUAAUCGCGUACUCAUGAGCAUAUAGUAUCAUCAAAUUUGUGAUCAAAUUUAUUAUGUUUUAAAUAGGACAAUUUUAAUACUUUUAUGUUUUCUGAACACAUGAAAGUUGACAUCGAAAACCUAUCGUACUUAAAAUGUAUAACAGCAGGGAAAAAGAAUUCCUUUUAACUUAUUACUUAUAUCUCAUGCAAUUUAUCACUCGACACUAAAAUUCAAGUACUUACAACGAUAACCUAAUGUAGUAUAUUUUUAAUCGUACUUCCAUGCUCAAUAAUAUUAGCACAUUUAAGAAAUACAAGCAAAGUUAUCCAGAAAUAUUGCAAGCAGAAGCGUGCUAUCUUAUAUACAGUGACUGUUAAACAUUUAUAUUAUAAAAAAAAGAGAAAAGAAUUAUUAUAACGUUUAUUAAUAUUAUCUAUUUUGACUGUUAAUAGAAUUAAAUAUACACACGUGCCUGUUAAAUGCAGGAUUCUGAAGCAUAGGUGCUAUUGCACUUUUUUAUUGCCUUUAUAAAUAUAUUUCGGCUGUUGUGUGCCUUUAGCAAACAUGUAGUGUACAAAAAUUUCAUUAGAAAAGUAUAUUUUUACGGAACUCGUUUUAACUGUAUCUUUUUGUAGCAUGAUUUAGAAGCUGCGGCUCCCUUAUCAAAAUUAUUGUUAUAAUUAUUUAUACAGUUGUUUUGUAAUCAAGAAUUUUAGGAUUGGAACUUUUUAGGUCGAAUAUAAAGGAAUUAGGAAUGUUAAGUGCUUGGUAAUAAUUAUAUAUAGAAAUUAACAAAAAAAUUAAUUGCUAUUAAGUAAAAUAUUUGGAAAAGUAAAGUUACUACAGGAUAGUACUUUCAGGUAAAAUUAGUAGCGUGUAAAUAACUAAUGGAAUUCUAGAGAAUUUGUAAAGAUUUGUGAACUGUUAUAUGGUGCAAACUAAAUAAAAAUUAAAUACAUUAUU